AUGCCAUGGUCUGAAGCUAUUAUUGAACAGUUUGCAAUUGUCGACUUUGAUACUACUGAAGAAAGAGACUUUUAUGGUCCAUUCAACUCACUUCUGGUCGACAUUUUCCCCAGCUCAGAACAUUACCAAGUCUCCCCACAGCCCAAGCUCAACGACGGGACACUAGACCUCGCUGUUCAAUUUAUUGUAUAUCACCGUGCCACUCCAAUUUUUUUCCUAGAUAUCAAAGCAUUUCGCUCCCUUACCCUGUCAUCCACCCGUGCCAGUGCAGACGAUCAAAUGCGCCAGACAUUUCGCCACUUUUCUUCGGCGACAAUCCCGUCAGCCACAUUCUAUGGUCUCAGUGCAUUCGGUCCGCAGUUCUGUGUUUAUUCGUUGGACACCGUUACUCGCAGUAUCGAUCCGCCAGGAGUUGCUCGCGAUUUGACAAUAGUCAACGACAUAGCACCUGAGAAUCGAUGGGCAUACAAUUUAUUCGAACCCUCUGGGGAGGCCAAAUUGCGAGAGGUUGUGAAUGCAGUUAAAGAAAUGACAAAAAAUUGUGAUAACUCCUAA